UGUUAACAACACAGUCACAUGACUACUAACCAGCUGAUGUCUUUUCGCACUAGAAUAUCAUGAAGAUCACGACAUCGGUUACAAAUCUGUCAUCCUCAAGGUGUAAUAAAAGUAGUGCAAUAUAUUUUCUUGAUUAUUAGAGAUAUCUGUUUGCCGUCACGUCAACCAGACGGAAUUGAAGUACAGAAGACUGUUUCUAGCCAAAAAACAAGAUGUCAGGAAAAGAGAGGAUCGACGUAUUCCCCUCUAGAAUGGCUCAGACCAUCAUGAAGGCCCGUCUGAAGGGGGCCCAGACAGGCAGGAACCUACUGAAGAAGAAGGCUGAUGCUCUCUCCAUGCGCUUCCGUCAGAUCCUCCGCAAGAUCAUUGAGACAAAGACCUUGAUGGGCGAAGUGAUGAGGGAGGCGGCCUUCUCUUUAGCUGAGGCGAAAUUCGCUGCUGGCGACUUCAGCACUACUGUCAUCCAGAAUGUUAACAAGGCCAAGGUGAAGGUUCGGGCGAAGAAGGACAACGUGGCAGGUGUCACUCUACCUGUGUUUGAGCUCUACCAAGAAGGAGGGGACAGUUAUGAGCUGACAGGUCUGGCCAGGGGAGGAGAGCAGCUCUCCAGGCUGAAGAGGAACUAUGCUAAAGCAGUGGAGCUGCUCGUGGAGUUGGCCUCCUUACAGACUUCCUUCGUCACACUGGAUCAAGCCAUCAAGAUCACCAACCGCCGUGUGAAUGCCAUCGAGCAUGUAAUCAUCCCCCGCAUUGAGCGUACCCUCAGCUACAUCAUCACAGAGCUGGAUGAGAGGGAACGAGAAGAGUUCUACAGGCUGAAGAAGAUCCAGGAGAAGAAGAAGCAGAUGAGGGAGAGAACUGAGAAGGAGAUCGCCAUCCGUCUGGCCAAGCUGGGCCCCAUCGCUGAGCCGUCCAACAUGCUGACGGAGGAAACCGACGAGGACCUGCUGUUUGAGUGACAUCCCAUUAGUCAUCCUAUUUAUUCAUGUUGUCUUUGUGUACACCGGUGAUGUUUUGUCGUUUUCAGUAUUGGAGAUGUCCCAGAUCCCUGUUUUGAACUAUGAGGUUUAAACUUUAAAGUCAGAACUUUGCUCACAGCAGUUCACUAGUGCAUUGACGUUGUUAAAUCUGACAUUCGUUAUCUUUUGGAUACUUAAAGCAGCAAAUAAUCUAUAGAUUAAGUAAAGUAACAUGGUUUACAUAUGUGGCCUGUAUUCAACAUUCCAUCUGAUUGGCUGAGGACAUACGUUUACGGUUUCACCAGAACACUCAAGUCAAUGCAUACUGUCGUACUUUUGUCUGCUUUGUGGAGGCUAAUCCCGUCCAUGUGGGGUUGCAUUGACUCUUUACAGGAGGAUGGUUAACAUGUAGGUACCCCAUCUGCUGUUGCACCCUGAGGACAAACCCACCUGUCAGAGCACUUCAUCCAAAUAAAGAUUCUCUAUAUUCCUCAA